UUAGUACCCUAACGGGCAGCAUCCUACUACACCAUUCUUCAACUUCUUCCAGACCGGAGAACCUUCUGCCGCCGUUACGCCCUUCACGGCGAACCUCCACCGUUGUCUGGGCGUCUCCGCCAAUUGCAUCUGUGCGGAUUUCAAUCAGCUCUGGCAUAUUCUCUGGUUAAGCUUUACAAAUGGCUGAUGGUUCAGAUAAAGCAGUUGAAAACGGUUCUUUGAACUCAGCAGAAGCAGAGAAGCCUCAGAUUGAGCCCAUAAGGCUGCCCUCGGUUGAGGAAAUCCGUGGUCAAGACAUUUGGAACAAUUGUGCUGUGCGAAGUGUCGUCAGUGGAGUCAUGGGCGGUGGACUUGGCAUCUUCAUGGGUUUAUUUCUUGGAGCACUGGACAACCCACUGAUGCAAGAGGAAAUGACUGGCAGACAACAACUUAUAUAUCAAGCAAAGCAGAUGGGGAGAAGGAGUUGGAGUUCAGCCAAAGCAUUUGCUGUUAUGGGUUUUGUAUUCUCAGCUGCUGAAUGUGUUGUUGAGAAGGCUAGAGCGAAACAUGACAUAACAAAUACCGUAGUUGCUGGAUGUGCAACUGGAGGUGCAAUAUCAGCAAAAGGUGGUCCAAAGGCAGCUUGUGUUGGUUGUGCUGGCUUUGCGGCAUUCUCCGUCGUAAUAGAGAAGUUUUUGGAGAGACAUCAGUAAGUAAAUUGACGUCAUCCUAACACAUUUUUUGAGUUCUUGAAGUCUUUGGCCUAUUUUAUACCGGGACGUGAUUGUGGAGCACACAUACUGCAGCAUUUAUUUACAUCAAUAAUUCAUUUGUAUACGAUGUCAAAUGCAUUUCCAAACUAGGGAAAGCUGUGAUGUAAUGAUACGAUUUAGUAUUAAGCAAUUUAAAUAGUUGUUUUCUUUAUGAA